UAUAUAUAAGUCGAGAUUAGAUUAUUUUUCUCUGUCCGUUAAAAAAAAAAAAAAAUCAAAUCGUGAAACGUUCUCGCAGGCCAUUUGCGUAGACGAACCAUCGGCAUCAGAGAGAGGUUAGAUCUCGCGCGGCGUUGUUUCUUCGAUCUAUUGUGUUUCGAUAGUUUGUAAUGCUUGGAUCUGUAUCCGAUAUGCGAAUAUGAUUAUUCGAUCUUCGAUUCGAUCCAUAGCUGAGGAUAAGAAUGAGAUCCGAUGCGAUUUGUAAUCAAUCGUCAUAGAUGGGGCUGUCAUUUGGGAAGCUGUUCAGCAAGCUGUUUGCGAAGAAAGAGAUGCGGAUUCUGAUGGUUGGUCUCGACGCUGCUGGUAAGACCACCAUCCUCUACAAGCUCAAGCUUGGUGAGAUCGUCACAACCAUUCCCACCAUUGGUUUCAAUGUUGAGACUGUUGAAUACAAGAACAUUAGCUUUACCGUCUGGGAUGUCGGGGGUCAGGACAAGAUCCGUCCAUUGUGGAGGCACUACUUCCAGAACACGCAGGGGCUUAUCUUUGUUGUGGACAGCAACGAUCGUGACCGUGUUGUUGAAGCCAGGGACGAGCUUCACAGGAUGCUCAACGAGGAUGAACUGAGGGAUGCAGUUCUGCUUGUUUUUGCUAACAAGCAAGAUCUACCCAACGCAAUGAAUGCUGCUGAGAUUACUGACAAGCUUGGCCUUCACUCUCUCCGCCAACGUCACUGGUACAUUCAGAGCACAUGUGCCACCUCUGGAGAAGGACUCUACGAGGGACUUGACUGGCUCUCCAACAACAUCGCAAACAAGGCGUAGAAAGAGGAGGUUGCAGGAUUCAUCUUUGCUUGUUUUGUUAUAUACAUCAAAGUAAGGGGUCUGUUUCUCUAGCACUACAAAACGAAACCAAGUUUUUAUUAUGUUAUACAUUCUUCUUCGUCUGUUCUUUAACCAUUAGUACUUUCCUUGAAUAAAUCAUAAGCCUUUUCUUUUUGCAUUUUCUUCCUGAAGUGAGUACGUUCUUUUCUUUUAAUCAGUUUUAUCCUUGUAUCCAGUUCCUUC